AUGCACCCGGUGAACACCGCUCCUGAGAGCUUGCCAUUCCUGAACAACGAGCUCGUAUACGACGACGGCUAUACUGCUGAAACGGAUUCGAGCGACGAAAGUGAGACAGAUCUCGCGCGUAUUGGCCGCGCCGCUUCCCUCACCGAUGUGCCAGACUUCUUAAGUAUGUCUGAGGGUACUCACCGACCGGGAAAGGAGAAAUCGAUAUAUCUCUUUGUGAGAGCUGCUCGAGAAAAGGAACGAUGGUUCCAUUUACUUCGCGAAGCUUGUGCACAGUCACACACCUACCGAAAGCCUUUAGCUAAGAGAAGUGCCAGCGUGAUAAAUGUUCCUGAUAAUGGUGCGGAUAAAACGCCACCUAAAUCGCCUUCCAGUCCAAUGUUUGAAGAUGCAGUCUACAAAAAAAUUCAUAAACAGUUUGCUGAGCAAAUAUCUAUCAUGCUAGGCUAUGGAGUGGCUCCGCCUGAGCGAGGGUCUACCGUCUCCCUCGAUCUUGGCACCCUAAAGUGGAGACCUGGAUGCCCAGAAGAAAAUUCGGACUUAGUCGAGUCGAUUAAUUCAGUUGGAACUAGAAUUUUCUUCGAUUUCUGUCGUGACGAAUUCUGGGCCAAUCAAGUGAAACAAAAAAUUCAGAGCAAGUUGGCUACGAUUCAUCUGCCUUAUUUCAUUGAGACGUUAGAGCUCUCAUCGUUGACUCUCGGAAGAACCGCGCCUAGAAUUGUUGGCGUUUAUACACCAAAGCUGAACGAGUGGGGUAUCUGGGUUGAUUUGGAGAUGAAGUAUGGAGGUGGUAUCCGUUUGGUUCUUCAAACCAGUGUGAAUCUUCUCAAGCUUCAUCAGGGCUCUACGAAGGUGGAAACUGAGCGAAAGAUGUCUCGCCUGAGCAGUGCAAUUGCUUACCCGACGUCGCACUACUCAGAUGAGGAGUUGCCGGAAAGUCCUGAAAGCAGUCCCGACGAGGACUUUGGUGCUAAAAAUAAUCUUGAACGGUCAGUGUUCUCAGUUUCUUUUGGUAGCGAAACCUGCAUUCGAUUACGGUGUCUUUUUAGUCCAAGUACCAAGGAACGAACUGGGAAGAAGAUAAUUUCUUUGGUAGAACGUGCUGCACAAAGCAGUCUUUUCCAGAAAGCUGCGAAAUUCCCGAAAGUGGCAAAGCUGAUUGAAGAUGUUUCUUCCACUCCUCUUAUAUUAAAUGUUGAAGUGGAAAUGCUUGAAGGCCCAAUUACGAUAAAUAUUCCACCUCCUCCAUCUGAUCGGCUAUGGUAUGCGUUUCGACGGCCACCCAUUGCUUCUAUCAAAGCCGUUCCUCAAGUUGGUGAUCGGUCUGUUGAUAUGACAACUGUAUCCGAUUGGAUCGAGUCAAAGCUUCGUCUACUAAUCGAAAAGAAUCUUGUAUGUCCCAACAUGGACGACAUCGUACUGCCUGUUAUGUCUGGGAAUGACCUUUUACGCAAAGGUGCGUACAACCAGUGA